CACUUACCUAGAUUUAUUUUGAUUCUGUCAAAUUUCAUCAUUAGCUAAAAUUUUACUUUCACUCUAACAAAGAACUAUCGCAUCAGCAUAUUCUAAGCAAAGAGAAACGCAUAAUGGCGGGAAGCUGCGAGAAUGAUGUUGGUAUCAAAUACGAAGAGAAAGAUUCUGGUUCGAGCGGCAAAAAAGUGUUCAUCCCACGACAUAUAGGUUUACUUGGUGUCAUCGCCCAUACGGUUGGAGCUGUCAUAGGGACAGGCAUCUUCAUCUCUCCAACGGGUGUGUUGCGAGGAGCAGGAGGGUCGGUCGGACUUGCUUUCAUCUUCUGGAUCGUUUGUGGCAUCAUCCAAACCUGCGGAUGCUUCAUCUACACAGAACUGGCACUGAUGUUUCGCAAAUCGGGGGGUGAAUUCACUUUCAUGUUAGAGGGAUGGGGGCGAGCUGUUGGUUUCUUAAAGCUCUGGACCAUUGUGAUGGUAAAUGCGUCCUCUGUGGCGAUUCAGGCACACGUCGUUUCUCAGUAUCUCCUGACGCCAUUCUUUCAGUGUGUCGAUCCACCGGUUAUUAGUUUGCGAUUCAUCAGCUUUUGCGCCAUCCUUGUACUUGUUUUCGUCAACUGUGUCAGCGCCAAUUUACCGACUCGCUUCGCAGGUUUCUUCACGGUGACGAAAACCUUUGGACUCCUGAUGGUGAUCGUAACUGGCAUCCAUAACCUUAUUCAAGGCAGGACAAUUUACCUCCAGAAUGCGUUUGAAGGUAGCAACGUUGAUGUCAAGACUAUUCCUCUAGCCAUCUACUCAGGAAUGUUUGCCUUUGGAGGAUGGGAUGUAGUUAUGUCUUUCACAGAAGAGGUUAAACGACCUGAGAGAAAUAUUCCUUUAGGAGUGUCUUUAUCCAUGGCAACUAUAACUAUUCUCUACAUCAUGGCCAAUAUUGCCUACUUCACUCUACUUUCACCACAAGAUGUGUUGCAGUCUGAAGCCGUGGCAGCGGAUUACAGUGUUCUAGCAUUAGGGAAAAGAUGGUCUUGGCUAAUCUGGCUAUUUGUUGCACUAUCUGCCAUGGGUAAUCUCAACAGCAAUACAUGCAAACGAGGAAGGCAGGUCUUCGCGGCAUCUCGAGAGGGGCUUUUUCCCGAGAUCACUGCGAUGUUGAACGUGAGAUACAACACACCCAUCCCGGCCAUUCUCACUUUACUUCUGAGUCUCGUUUACUUGAUGGAGACAAGGGUUCUAUCGCUUCUCAGGUACGUCAUGUUCAUCGAAGCCAUCUUCGAUACCAUGACGGUGGCGGUGCUCCCCUACUUCCGGUGGAAGCAUCCCGAUCUGGAAAGACCUUUCAGGGCACCGUUGGUGAUGGUUGUUAUUUACAUGGUUGGUCAGAUCUUCAUCACAGGGAUGUCGUUCUAUUUGGAUCCAGUAAGGAAAUCUCUCGGCCUCUUCAUUGUCUUGAUUGGUCUUCCGGUUUAUUUCUUCUUUUUUCAUGACCGAUUCAGAUUGAAAUCCAUACAGCCUUACUCACAUAAAAUGACGAGAUUUCUUCAGAGACUAUUCAACUGCAUCCACCAAGAGAAGAAGACCUACUAACGAUCAUCAAGAUUUGAUAUCACUUCUGUACACUAUAGUUUAGUCCUGUAGAAUAUUAUGCUGUACAAGUCGGAGAUUGAAAAAAAAACCUUUCUAUUAUGUUGCUUAGCUUAUCCCCUCCCCAUUAUGUGUAAUCUUGAGGAGUAUAGCACAAUAGCUAGAUACUGUAACAUGUCUUUAAAAUUGUAAUGUGUACCGACAGUUAAUGAGUGCAAAAAUAAUGACAAGUUCACUAUUUCACAAAUAUAUCAGUUAUAUCACAGUUAUACCUCCGGUGUAGUACCACUUUCAUUAGGCGAAUUAAUACGGAAACAGUAUUGCCUUUAACAAAAUUAUCAUUUGAAGAUAAGAUUUAAGAUAUGAUCAACUUUGCAUGUGAAAUCAUAUACACUAAUUGGUAAAAUAAAUAUAAUAAUUGACACACUUUAUCUUUCUAUGCAAGCCUCAUGGAG